GCAGUAUUAAACUGAUUGUGUCUCGAUGUAAUCAGUUAAUUCUUUUUUCUAAAAAGAAUUAUUUUAUAAAUUUUGUUUAUUUUUAAUUUUUUAAAAAUUCAUUAAUAAUUUAUUAAAUAAUAAAAAUUUUUAUUUUUAAAAUUAUGACAAGGAAAAAUGACAAAAUUUAAGUGACUAAAAAUAAUUUAUCAUUAAAGGAUAAAAUUAAAUUUUUCUAAAGUACGAAGUGAAAGAAAAUAUUUGUAAAAAUAAAAAUAUGACUGACUCGUGUAAUAAAAUAAAAAAACAAAAUGAAAUAAAACUGAUUGAAAAUAAUGUUGAGAGUGAAAUAAUUGUAACAAGUCCGGAAAUUUGUACCAAACCAGUUGAAAACAAUAAUAAUAAUAAUAAUAAUUUGAGGGAGGAGAAAAAAUAUUUAGUGAAUAAAUUAAAAAAUAUUUUUGAAAUAAAUUUAAAUUCAGAUAAAUUUUUAAAUUUUAAUAAAAAAGAAAAAAUCGAAUUUUUAUUCAAUUUUAUAAAAUCUGAAGAAAAGAGCUGUAAAAAUGCACUUAAAAUUUUACCUGACGAUAUGUUACUUUUAAUAGUUGCAUCAAAUUUUGAAGGUGAUUGUGGAAGAACACCUGAUGAAAAACCAAAUUGGCUUGAUAUGGAAAAAUUUAAACGAGGUCAAAAAUUUGCAAUGGAUUAUUUUUUUGCUGUAUCUUAUGCGCAACUAUUGUCAUUAUUUAUUUUAUUUUCCUUUGAAGAUGGUCUUAAACCUUUGAUAUUCACUGGAAAAUCCAGUACGCCUUACACAGCUUUUAAGAGAUAUAUUUCAACUGCAAAGCGUGUUAGAAAUUGGUACACGAAAAAUCCAUGGAAGGAGGGUACAGAAGCUUAUAAUGAUAUUCAAACAGUACGAAAAAUGCACUCAAUUGUUAGGGAAAAAUUACAAAAAAUUGAUAAUAAAACAAUAGAUGAAUUGACUAAAAUUAAAAAUCCACAUUCUCCUUCAAGAGAUAUUUUAAGAAAAGAUUUUCAUCACGCUUGUCCAGAACCAAGUUUAGGACAAUGUCCAUUUUUAUUUUUUCAAAAUAAAUCUGAACUUAAUUAUCUUCGUCCUAAAGGACUGAAUCAAGGUGAUAUGGUUACAACACAAUUUGCAUUUAUGGGAUUAGUAAUUUUAUAUCCCAAGAAUUUUGGUAUUUUUCAUAAUGAAGAAAAUUUAGAUGCAUUUUGUCACACUUGGCGUGGUAUUGGAUAUUUACUUGGAAUCGAUGACGAAUUUAAUCUUUGUCGUGGUACAUUAAAAGAAAUAAAAGAACGAUGUGAACAUUUUUUGCAAUUUUGGGCAUUACCAAAUUUUCGAGAAUUGUCACCAGAAAGUGAGCAUAUGAUGAGAUGUGUUGUUGAGAGUUUAAAAUAUUAUAUACCCGGUAAUUAUUAUGAAACUUGUGUUUUAUAUUUAUCAGAAAUGUUGAAUUUACACACGCCCAAAUUAUAUUCAUCGCUAACUUAUAAAUUAUGGUUAAAACAUCUUUUUCUUAAAACUCUUUAUCAAUAUGCAUGUCAAUUACCUGGAGUAGGAUGGUUAUUAAACUUAAAAGUCAAUACUGCAUUGGAUAAUGCAUUAAAUUAUAGUGCAAAAAAACAUGAGGAAUUAAAAAGAUCUGAGGAAACUUGGAAAAAAAAUUAAUUUUAUUAAUUGUGAUAAUUUUUUUUUUAUAUAUAUAUAGUUAAAAAUUAUUUUUAAGAGGGAAUAUUAAAAAAAUUUGUAAUAAAAUUUUAUUAGAGGUGAAAAAAAAAAUAAAGAAAAAAUAUUCGAACAAA